AUGAUCACGCUUAAAAUGGUCGUCCUUGCGUCUUCUUUUGCUCUCUCUGUUGGAUUGCCACAAGAGACUUUUUUUAAGGAUAUGCCAUCCGUAAAGUUGCACGUCAAAUUCAAACGCGAAAGUAUGAAGUUUCACGGUCAAUCCGAGUUCGACAUCUACGCUACUCCUCAAGUAUCUGUCAACGGCUCUAGUGUGCUCUACGAUUGCUACGCGACGUUAAGCGACAACCGCUCGAAUUACACGUACACUAUAAAGGAUGGGGCUUACCUGACGACGACAGACGCCUUCAGAUCGAAAACAACUCAAUGUCUUCCACCCAGCUUGAUGCUAUUCAAUGAGAUUCUUCCUGCUCUCAAUAAUGUCACACCUAUUCCCAGUGCUUCUAUCGGUGACAAGGCGGUUGAGUGUACAAGUGGUAAUCUCCUCAAAACAACAUUUGCAGAAACAAACUACGCGAUCUGUGCGUCUGGCAAGGCUGGUUUCACAGCCUACAGCAGUGAUAUGGACAUAAUUGUUGAGUAUCUUAAAAGUCCCAUCAGUAUUGCCAAACCAGAGUUAUCGGCAACUUUCGCGCCGUGCGAAAUCGUUCGAAUAGAGACGUCGUUUACACCAGCAGCACUUGCUCUCGCUACAGGCGGCAGUAUCCCAUCCUUUAGCCAUCGACAGCUACGAGAAGAAUCUCAUAUGAUCAUGGAGUCAUCGUCUUGUAACGAAUGUUCGACAAUGCCUCGUCCGUGCAUCUUUUUUCAUGGGUCAGGGAAUGAGCAUGGAAUGGAUGAACUGCAAGACACAGCUGAACUACUCAAGGAUAAACUUGGAGACAUACAUGGCCACGCUCCUUGCUGCUCCUCGAUCAAAUACGCUGUUAUUGAGACUAUGGACGCUGGAUGGAGAAAUGAAGAUUUGCAGCAAAAGUUUUGUAAUUUCUCACUAUCUAUGAGUCCCACCAGUGAUGUUGCUGCUGCCAUCAUCGAAAACACUAUUGUGGUCACGCAUUCGAUGGGAGGACUUGUAAUGGCAGGUGCUAUUGCUAACAACACGUGCACUUUAAGUAACACAUCGUCGUGGGUAGCGUUAAGUCCUCCAAUGACGGGCAGUAUGGCAUCUGACUACCUCAUUGACAUCUGUGGUCUUGAAGACAGUAAAGUGAGGCUGGGGUUUUUAGAGAAGUUUGAACAGUGUCCAGCGGCUGAGUCUCGCAAGUCCACAAGCUAUCAAGGCGAGAAGUACAGUGAUCCAAUUAUGGAUGAAGCGUACAUUGCUGCCCAAAAAGCGUACACUGAUAAUGUUGAAGCUGCAAUGUGUAGCGACAGCUAUGUUGGAAUCUUUUCAAAAUUUCAAGCUCCAUCAAUAUUUGCUGGAACAAUCGUGAAGCACAAGUCAGAAGAGAACGAUGGCUUGGUCGAAUUUCAAAGCUGCGUUGGAGGACUAGAUACCGGCUUGUUUGGCAACCACUAUAGCAAUUCUUUUUACAGAUCGCGUUUGAACCAUGCAGACACAGCAUUUUUGACGGGUGACGGCAUCUUUCGAAACUCUCAGAAACCAAACAAGUGGUUUGAAUGCCUCAAGUACAAUAAUCCUCGAAGAUUUAGAUUGUAA